AUGCAGACCUCUCUGAUCUUACCUCUCCUGCUCUCGACUGUCUCUUUGGCAUCACCUCUGGUGUCACGGGAUAGACAGCCUGAUUGGAUCGCAGGAGAGAUCGCAUAUGCUGAAACCUACGACAUUACCCUUCAGCCGAACCAUAUGGAUAUCGGUAAACGAGGCGUGCUCCUGGCUCGCUAUAACGACGGCGAAGGCCGUUACCUAGGUUCCGACGGCAAUCAUCAGUACGCCUCGGGUGUCAAGUGCUGGAACGAUUAUUUCGUUGUCGAACAGAACCUUUACAACGACCCUUGGCGCCAGGCCUCCAGCAAAGUUUACUGUACCAAGAGCCAGUCGUGCCAGGCAACACAGGGCGUCAACAACCAGGUCUGCGAGAUUACUUCUUUCGAAAUUUCGGCUGGAAUCACGGCCGAGUUCGUGACUGCCAGUAUCAGCGUUGGCCAUCAGACGCAGACUUGCAGCGGAUCGACCUCUUUGACUGCGUGUACCUGGAACGAUCAAGGGUGCCAUGUCAUUUGGAGCCAACAGCAGAUGUUGAGCCAAAAGGGGUACCAAAGACGAAGGUGCACAAGUAGCAAAGGAGACUACACGGCCUGGACUAAAUUCUUGGAAAAGAAGGCUCCCACCGAAUUCAAGAAUUACGGUUGUGGAAGCUCCUGCAAUGAUAGCUUCUGA